AUGCAUGUGCUCGGAGUAUUGCGUGUGCUGCUGUACUCUCAUAUCCUCUUGGAGGCAUUGGGAUUGCAGAAAAGCACGGAUGGAAUACUUAAAGUACCGUCCCAAAGGAUUUCCACAAAUCGCUCACCUCAUCGGCAUCAGUUGCCUUCCUAUAUGAUGCACCUUUAUCGGACUUUUACAAGCAAUCACACGCGACCAGUGGAAUUUAUUGAGGAGGAUUCAGCCAAGCAAGCGGACACUGUACGGAGUUUAUUAGCAAAAAGCCUGGACAACAGAGGCAGACACUGGAUGGUGACCUUUGACUUCUCAUCGCUGCUAGCCGACACCGAGAUCCAGGCUGCCGAGCUGCGGAUCCGACUGCCCCGGGUGUCUCGUCACAUGGACAUCACUGUGGAGCUCGAGCACAAGCAGGACCACGCAUGCCCAGCUCAGGACCCCUGCCGGGGGGAAGAGUCCCUGGGCCUCCUCCCGGCCACUUCCUUGGUCAGCUCCACGGGUCACUGGAGGGUGUACAAUGUCACCAGUCAGCUCCUGGGCUGGAUGAGAGAUCAACCUCGGGGCGGAACGAGGAGGCCGGAAAAGGUGAAGAGAAACGUGGAACCGCUGCACACCUCACUCCCCUCUCCCUUCGCCAGGCCCCGGCACUUCAUCAGCGACCGGGCGCUUUUGGUGGUCUUCUCGAACACGGUGUCGGACGAGGGCGCGCAGGACAAGGCCAGCUUGCUGCACACGGCCGAAAAGUCCAAGUUCCUCUUCAACACCGAGAAGAAGGAGGUGAAGAAGCCCCGGCGUCAGAAGAGCAGGCGCGGUCGCCGCGGACAACCCCUGAGGCACCUGGAGGUGCCCAAGAGAGAGGAUUCCGCCGCGUCGCUCUGCCGACGGGUGGAGAUGCAGGUGGAUUUCAACCAGAUAGGCUGGGGCUCGUGGAUCGUGUUCCCCAAGAAGUACAACGCCUAUCGGUGCGAGGGAAGCUGCCCUAGUCCACUCGGAGAGGAGUUCAAGCCAACAAAUCACGCUUAUAUGCAGAGUCUCUUGAAGUACUACCACCCAAACCGAGUCCCCACUGCUUGCUGCGCCCCCACAAAGAUGAGCCCAUUGAGCAUGCUCUACUACGAGGGCGGAGAGAUGAUUCUGAGGCAUCAUGAAGACAUGAUUGUGGCCGAGUGUGGCUGCCACUGA